AAACCCUGCUUCGCAGUGUUGGAGCCCGAUUGUCAUUCGGUUGCAGGGCCCGAUCCUCCAUUGCCUCCUCUCCAUCGCCUUGUCGCUUGCCAUUUUGAGAUCGGCGAUGGGCGGGGCGUCACGAUCCGUCUCCCGGUCCUGCCGCACUGCUGGUCAAUACUUUGGUCGUCUCGUGCAGGGCCGUGUGGAUCUUUCUGCGUCUCACGUUCUACGUGGGAGAGACUUGCCAUCUCGGAAUACCUCUCCAGGCGAUCGUGAUCGCGAAUCCAAGGGGCUCGUGUCGGCGCGGAAGGAAUGUUUCGGAUUAACUUUUGUCGCCAGCUCUAGCGAGGAUGUAACGUGUAGGAAGUUGCACAUGGCAACCAGGCAUAUGUCAUCAAUGUCGCUGUUACUCCAGCAAGGGGAAAAAUUUAGACAAUACGGUGCGAUGGCCUUUGUCUAUUUGAGAUGCAUUGAGCCGGGGUGGAGUUCCAGAGGCUCUCUGCUACCUUCGCCUGCCUCCAACCCAUUUAUAACGGGUGGAAUUCGAUGGAAGACCAAAUAUAGCAAAUCUGAGCAAGCAGCAAAGAGGGCUGCCAAGAAGAAGAAAGCAAAGCAAAUUCGAGUAAAACUUCGCCAAAUUCGGUUGGCAAAGAAGCUGAGGAAAGCCAGCAUGACGCCCGAGCAGACGUUUCUUUGGCGUAUUGAAAAGUGCAAGAAAAAGAUAGCGUUGCAUGAGGAGCAACUCAAGAAAUUCGAAUUGCCGCCAUUGCCCGAGCCUGACCCCGAUCCAGAAGUACUUACCCCAGAGCAACUGUAUGCUUUGAAGAAGCUCGGCUACAAGAACAAAAAUUAUGUGCCUGUUGGGAGGCGAGGGAUCUAUGGGGGUACAAUCCAGAACAUGCACAUGCAUUGGAAGAAGCAUGAGACCGUGCGGAUAGACUGUGACAAUUUUCCGAAAGAGAAAAUUAAGGAGAUGGGCGAGACGCUAGAGAGACUUAGCGGGGGUAUUGUGAUCGACAUCCAUCAAGGCACUACUAUCAUAAUGUGGCGUGGUAGGAAUUAUAAGCGGCCCAAAGUUGAUAUACCGAUUAUCUUUAAAAACUUCAACAAACGAAAGGCUCUCAUUAAAUCAAAGCAUGAGCAAUCUAUUGGUUCAUUGAAAGAUCAAAUAGUCAAAUGGGAGAAGGAUCUUAGAGAGCUGCGGGCAGAUAUGGCUCGUGAAGAAGCUGCCAGAGCUCGUUGGUUGGAGGAAAAUCCUGGCAUGGCACCUCCAGAACCUCCAGCUCCUGUGUCAGUGGAACAAAGCGAUGACGACUCUGAUGAGGUUACAGAUAUAUCCGACGAUGACAUAACAGAAGUGGACGAUUUGGGUCCUGAGUACGACGAUGAUAGUGAUUGGGAGUAUCCAGACAGUGAUGUUGAUCUUCCAGAUCGGUCUGUUCCAAGCAAUGAUAACGCUUCAACUAGCAAUGUCUCGGAUAGUAAUGAUGAAUGGGAAAGUAAUUUAUACGGUUCUGGUGAUGAGACUGGAAGUGAUACCGACACUUCAACGAGAGAAAUAAUUGGGAGAUCAUAUGCGAUCCGAAGAAAACCGUGAGGGCUUCGGGUUCUGCUCUUAACAGCAGGGUGGGCUGGACGAUAGCGUGUGCAAGUCUGAAGACAGCGGGAGAAUGAAAUCAUAUGCAUUUUUCUCCUUCAAAGGUGUUGCACUGCAUGCACAACUUGAAUGAGGUCCACCUUGCCAAAGACGAUAAACAAUCCAGGAAUUUAUGCCUACAUGAAGGCUGCGAAGUUCCAAUACUUGAUCUCUUCCAACAGCUUGGCCACGUAGUUGUUGUCAAGCUCAGUAGAUGACUUUGGUUUACUAACUCGUCGACUGUAGUCGCAUAAGGUUAGUCGUGACUUCAGUAUGGAAGUAAUGUACUAUGUUGUUAGCCCUCCCAAGAAAACCUUCCAAGGAUUUUUCAUCCUCAGAAUUCAGGAAAUCUCCUGGUUUACCACUCCUUUGUCUUGAUGUGGAGAUAGCGGGGCCUCGCUCAGUCUGUCUGUCUCUCUUUCUCUCUCUCUUUCUCUCAAUGUACAGCUUCGAAGUUGGACAAAAUCGAGGUGUUUCGAAAGAAGUUCCUGAGUUGUCCAUGGUGGCUACCAUUGCACUUGAGCUACCGGAAGGCAUAUCCGAGUCGCCCAAGAAAGACAGCUCACAUUGUAAAGAGCCAUCAUUUUUGACGAGUCAGAAAUCUUUGACGAGCAUGUAUAUGUAAAUGUGUUCCUUUUUCCCUCCUAUGAUAUUAUUAUAUCUACACCGGAAAACAAUUUUCUCAUUC